AUGAUUCAACAACACAAUCAUCCACAGAAUCAACAACAACAACAACAAUAUCAUUCCACUUCUUCUUCUCAUUCUAAUAAUAAUAAUACUAGUAAUAGUAGUAAUAAUAAUGGAAGUAAUUUAAGUGGUAAUUUAAAUGGAUUGGAAUACAAUAAUUUAUUAUCAGCGGGUAAUACAAUGAAUGGAUUGAAUCAUCAUCAUCAUAAUAAUAAUAAUGGAUCAACAAUUAAUCGUAAUAAUAAUAAUUUAAAUUCAUCAUCAUUUAUUUAUUUCAAAAUCAUCAUUUACAAAUAUUUAAGAAAUUAUUAUCAAAAUUCUAUUGAAGAUGUUAUUCAACAUAAACAUUCUUUAAUUACAAAUAAUAAUAAUAAUAUUAAUAUUCAUAAUAAUAGUAGUACUCAUAAUAGUAGUAAUAAUGGUAAUUCAACAUUAACAUCAUCAUCAUCGGUAUCAUCGCAUCAUGGUAAUAAUUCAUCUACAUUUGGAUCAUCAUCAUUAAAAUCAUCAUUAUCUAAUAAUAAUAAUAAUAAUACUACUACUACUUCUCAUCAAUCUAUUAAUUAUAAUAAUAAUAAUAAUAAUAAUACUAGUAAUACUACAAAUAAUAUAUCAAAUCAACAACAAAAUCAAUCAUUUAUAUAUAAAUUAUAUUCUAUAUAUGGUUACAAUAUAGUAUAUUUCAUUUAA